CGUCGGCCCAGUGUUGCCUAAGAUAAUAAAAUUUGUCACUCCCCUUCCCCAGUCCCCCCCUCUCUCUCUCUCUGCAUAUUUCUUGUUCGAAAACAACACUUUUAACACCACUAUCCGUCAUAAUCAAGCAACAACCUCACCAUCUGGCUACAAACCAUGGCUGUUUUUGCACUUUCCAUGGUGGUUCUCUUGGCCAUGGCAGGCUAUUCAAGCGCAGCUUAUUGUGUAUGUAACUCUGCAUUGAGUGACGCAGUUCUUCAAAAGAACAUAGAUUAUGCUUGUGGAAACGGAGCUGAUUGUACUCUAAUCCUUCAAGGUGCUACUUGUUUUAACCCUAAUACAGUCAAGGAUCACUGUAAUUACGCUGUCAACAGUUAUUUCCAAAGGAAAGGUGAAGUUUCAGGGAGCUGCGAUUUCUCAAACACAGCUACCGUUAGCCAAACAGCCCCACCUGGGGCAACUUCUGUAUGUUAUGCUGGUAGCCCAAGCUCGACAACCCCAACCACCUCAUCACCACCUGGGACUGGAACCGGAACCGGAACCGGAACCCCUGGGACCGGGACCGGGACUGGAACCGGGACAGGAACCCCUGGAACCGGAACCGGGACCGGGACCGGAACCGGAACCGGAACCGGAACUGGAACUGGAACCGGAACUGGAACUGGCAUUGGGUUGAACCCACCGUUUGGAAUGGGCCCUACAGGACAAGACACCAGUGGUGCUGAAUCUUUCAACUGUUUGACUUUAUUGACUCUUUUGGUUCCGGGUUUGAUCUUAUGGUUAAGGUUGAUCUAAGGGUGUUUUGUUAUAUGAUGAAUCAUGUUGUAAUCUAUGGAGUUGUAUGGUGGUAGUAGGGAAUCGAUUAUCGGUUGUAAUCCAUUAUAGCCUAUUUUUUUUGGUUGUACUUUUUGUAUGUGGGGAAUUUAUGCCUUUUGAAAUGAGGCUGUCUUCUGUGAAUGGGUGUUUGUGGGGGGUACUGCUACUCUUUUAUUGAUUCCUUUUAGAUUUUUCA